AUGCUUCUCCAGAUGGAAGGACUGGUGAACAUUAACCAUCAAGAAAUUCCGGCAGCAACUGCUCCACCACCACCAGCUGCCGCCGCCACACCACCUCCAGUUACCACUACGCCGCCACCACCUGCAGUGACAGUCAACAAUGAAAACGAUGGGUUUGACUUUUUUGAUCCCCGUGGUGUUGUUCCUGCUCCUGCCCUUGCGUUUGCCCUGCAAGGAUCAGGUGGUGGAGAGAUGGAGGAUUUGUUUGGUUCUCUAUCAGAGUCUUUCUCUUCUUCAAAUGCUUUGGCUGUUGUAACAUCUACUUCAUCUAUAACCACUGAAGUUCAUCCUCCAGCAAAUACUAAUCCUUAUCUCACCUUCGAUACCUCAUCGACAAGUCGGGCAUUUGAUGAUCCGUUUGGUGAUGCUGAUAUAUUGCCUCCACCUGGACCCUCGCAAAUUGCUUUUCCUUCUCAAAAUGGUCAAGCAUCUAGUAUUUCAGCAGAAGCAGCCUAUGCCACAGUUAGCUUUUCCACCUCAAGGUGUCCAGCAGCAGCAACCUAUGCCACAGUUAGCUUUUCAACUUCUAGGUGGACACCAAUCUAUGCCACAAUCAGCUUCUCAACUUCCAGGUGUCCAGCAGCAGCAGUAGUUGCCACAGUCAGCUUUUCAACUUCCAUGUGGCCACCAGUCAGCUUUUCAAAGUCUAAGUGUUCAGCAGUCUAUGCCACAGUUAGCAGCUUUACAAUUCCAAGGAGGCCAACAGUGUAUGCCAUAGUCAGCAGCUUUUCAACUUCCAUAUAUGCAUUAGGUCACAUUUUGUGCAAUGUAUACGUCUUGAUUCAUCAGAAAAGUAAUCACUAG